CGCUCUCGGUUGGUGAGGUCCAUGUACCCUUCGAAGGGUACUGUAUAUGGCUUGGACUGGCCUCAACAAGACUGUGCUGUACGCCGAAGCAUCUCACUUGCGUGCGUGGACCCGGACGGCUUCUUCUUCUCAACGGCUACUCCCGGAGCCAGACUUGCCAUGAGAACAUUCCAGACCCCGAUCGACGAACAAGUUGGGUAUGCUCUCAUCAGCCUUUGGCUCGAGGUACUGGUCAUUGGCGUGACCGUCGUUUCGACGAAGAAAGCCUACGAGCUGUGGCUCGCGUACAGGGUGGCAGGCGGCCAGAGAUUCAGAUUGACAAAUACUCGAUCGUGGGCGGAUGUGCUUCCAGCGAACGGCGACUUGCCUUUCGACUGCAACGUCGCCAAGGCCCUCGUCACCAUCCUACGUAUUCUCGCCGUCGUGUUUUCAGCCGCGUCCUUCUUAGGUGCCGCGGGUCACGAUGUGCACGCUCCGAUUUUCAAGAGCAAGCGCAUAGCAGGGCUGACCACUGAGCGAUUCCAGCAAAUGAACAUUAGCGAUCUGAACGACCCGUUGGUAGUCGCGAUUUGGAAGUGUCGUGUUUUCGAAAAGGGCAGGCUUCUAUUGUAUGAGGCGCUAGAAAAUGACGAUAGGUCGCAAGUUUCUUGUACGACGUCGCGCAGUGGGGAAAGAAACCUCUUGCUUGUAGUUGAAUGGAACUUUCAACAGGAUCCGGUUAAACCUAGUUCAGUCCCAGUAUUACUUGGCAACGGUACUGUCACUUCUAUUUCAAAUAUGACGUUGGCCGAUGGAAGAGAGCUAUACUUUACAACUUCCAACGGCACGGACCUCCUCGUUGGAACACAAGACCGCGGGCAAUGGGCUGAGAUAUCGAUAAGUGAAUACAAGGACCAUAUGAUUAGUCGACCAGAUCAGGUUGUUGGAGAUAUUGCGAACAACCUGCCCCGCCACAUAUCGCUUGCGAUAAGCUUCACCAACCACUUAUACGCGUGGCGAGAGCAAGUCUCCCAAGCCUACAGCGACAGCCCCACUGCUCGGAGACUUACCCUAGAGGCUCGGUAUGUGUGGGCCUCAGUGGGAAUUUCGGCAACCUCUGUGCUGUUGGCGAUCAUCUGUACGUUGUUAAGGCAGCAAGUUGAUAUCAAGCCUGACCUCACGAGCUUCCGAGGGUUGUUGUCUGUCGCACAGGGGGAUGUGGCCGGGCAUGGAAACAACUCGGGAAAAGUUGAUUCUACUCUUGGCAUCGUUCAAAGGGUAGACUGCAAACAACUUUCUCUCUUCCCUCGUCCCGACGAGACGGCAGCGAAUAUUCAACACGGAGAGAGGUUGCGCCGUUUGCAGCUGAAAUGCUCGGACUCUCCCCAUCGCUAUCGUACUGUUCCACAUGUUGAGGAAAGAGUCUCAUUGAAUUUCUGCGACGCGUUCCUUGCGACUGACACGCCCAGGUGUAGUAACCCCUGA